AUGUCUGAGAAGUUUGUUCAUGCUGUUUUGAAUCAUGGUGAGCAUUCUGCUGCGUUUUGUAUUAAUACUUUUAUCACUGUUGAUGAAUUGAUGCAUUUUGCCUGUAAGCAGUGGAGGUCUUUGUCCCCUUUGAAUAUAUGUUUUUCCUAUAUGGAUACUAAUCAAGUAGUUUUUAUACAAGGUGAUAUAAAACUUCAAGGUUUAGAUGCUCUUGUUAUUCAGAUGAACAAUGAAGAUUUCUAUUUGAAUGUUGAUGUGAUUCCGAAGCAUACUGGUUGUAGCACUAGUUCAAGAGAAUUUGUGGGUGGUGUUAAAGCUGUAAGGAUUGUUGUUGAUCAGUACAAUAUGUGUACUGGUUACAAGAUUCUUAUUCUUAAAAACGACAAGACUCGUUUUACUGCGAAGUGCGAAGAAGAUGGUUGUGGUUGGAGGAUUCACUUUGGGCCUGUGAAUGGUGACAUUUCUCGGUUUGUGCUGAAAGAUUCUAACGUUAUUCACAGUAUACAGGGUGAUCCCACUUUAAAACCCAAACAGAUCAUGUCACUCUUUAAGAAGACUUAUGGGUCCAAUAUUAAGUAUCACCAUGCCCGUAGAGGGAAAGAAGCUGUAUUUGAAGAUCAAUAUGGUGACGACGAGAAGUCGUAUAGCGAUUUAAAUUGGUAUCUCAGGCCCAUGAUUUACUUGGACGCUACUUUCCUCAUUGGUAGAUUCAGGGGUACUUUGAUGGCUGCAACAUGUGUCAAUGGAAAUGAUGGUUUUUACCCAUAUGCCUUUGCUAUUGUUUUAUCUGAAAACAAAGACAAUUGGGCAUUCCAAGAGCAUUUCCUGGUUCAUAUCACAGCUAUUGCUUUUACCACAUCAAGUGCAAUCUCCCUAUUGGAAAAGGUGAUGCGAAUUACAAUCGUUAUUGAUUUGUUUUACAAAGCUGCUUACUCUUACACAGCAGCGAACUUUGAAGAAGCUUUGCGGGGCAUGCAUGCAAUUGGUUGUGGACAUGUUGCUAAUUAUCUCAGGACCAUUCCAAAGGAGAAAUGGGCAAAUGCAUUUUUCCCUGUAUGCAGAUAUGCUGCUCACUCUUCAUCUAUUGCCGAGUCAUUCAAUAACUGGAUUCUUGAGUUCAAAAAGCUCUGCUUUUGCUCUUCUCGAUGCGAUACGUUUUGGUUUGAUUAUUCUAAGAGAAGGGUAGAAGGUCUUGAAAAUUUUAACACUAGGCUCACUCCCGUAUACGAGGAUUUACUAAACGAGAACAUCAACAUUGGUCGUACUUGGACUGUUGUUGAGUCUAUGGAAAGAUUGUAUGAAGUCAGGUCUCCCCGCACUCAUUCUGUAGAUCUGUUGGAGAGAACUUCAUUAUGUACACCUUGCUGUACAAUGGAUGCUACUAGUUUAUUUUGUUUAGUAAUAUUCAUUUUUAGUUCUAAUGCCAGUAAUUAG